UAUAACACUACUUACCACGAUAAGUCCACACGAAACGUUCAUACUUUCAACCCUGUCACUACCUGUAUUCAGUUGUACCAUCCGGUUGCCUAGGAAACGCGCGCAAACUCAUUACUAAAAGCAGACAAACACUAAUCGAAACAUUCUGGUGACUUUCACGUGUCUUAAAUCAAAUUUUAUGAAAUAAAUAAGAAAUAGAUAACAAUGAGCGGUCAUCUCACACAAAGCGGAAAGAAGAAAUCGAAAGAUAAUCGUCGGAAGAGCUUAAAGCAAGUGAACCGUACCAAAUCCAAACCUUGCAAAUCACGACCAACGCGCGAAUACCAGGAAAAUGAACGCGAGGUACAAGCUUUAUUGGAGAACACAAGCCUCUCUAUCGAUAACAGUCCACAGAGCCAUCGAAAAGAUGAGCUAACGCUGAGUCUAGAUUUUUUUUGUCGCACCAGCGAGGAAGAAUUCUCAACAACCGGAAGUUCUGCGCAACGAAAGAAGCUAUUGAAGUGCGAAAGUAAUGCAGAAGUCAGCUUAGACAAUGGCAGCGAGAGGACUGAAGACGAUGAUGAGCAGCAGGAAGAGUUUACAACGGCUGACGAGGAAGACGAGAAUGCAACUGAGUGUAGCGAGCAAACCGUAUCACCUUCUUCUACACAGCAGCGCGAGCAAACCGCUUCCACCUUUAUACAAGUCGACGAAGAUGAAGUGGUCGUGCAACUGAUUGAGUGUAAAAAUUUCAUACCAGACGCAAAUUUGCUUUUCAAGCCACAGGCGAAACUCACGUCGGAACUCGCCUUAACUGCAACUAGUCUUGGCAAUCUGAGUAGUAGUGGAAAACCGCAAGCAUUACGUGCCAAUAUCUGUCGCAUGCUGAAUCGGCAUCAAGCCGAGCAGCGUGCAAGAGGUGAGCCUAUCUCUAAGGCAGUUGUGGAACAACUAAAGCUUACAAAUUCGACUUCGUCGUCAUAUUCGAAGAAUCGUACACUUUAUCGAAGCUUUUGCGCACAUAAAUUCCAUCCUGUGUUUUGUGUACCGACACGUCAACCGGACGAGAUACCCACAAGGAAAUUUGUGCGCAUCUACUUAAAGGAACUACUAUUCACGGCACAUCCGCAUUUGUUGGAGGAACAUCGACUCUCUAACGCCUUGGAAGAGCACUUUGAGAAUUAUGUGCAGCGGCAACAGCAACGAGUUUGUGAAAAGCUGCGUGCACAGCUGCAGACCGAGCGUCGCGUAGUUAACGAGCUGUUGCUGCGUGAGUCAAGUAACAGCGCCGAGCAGGAGUCGGCGCGCACAAUUGAGCGACGUGCGCGCCAACUAGAAAAUCAGUUGUUGAGUGUGCGUGCGCUACGCAACAGGCUUUAUGAGGAGGAGGCGCAUUCUAAGCAGCUGCUAAAAGAACUACUAGACACUUGGAAGCGUCUCAAGCAACUACGUAAAACACAAGAUUAUCAAUGUACGCGCUUCAAGCUACGCAUUCACGUGGAGAAUGCGGCAAAUACGGCCGCGGUAGCACAACGCUGGGCCGAACGCUUCGAGACUGACUUGAAUGAAAUUUACCGCGAGGAGUUGGAGAUUUAUUACCGCGCUAAACGUUUGUGGAAGGCGCGCGAUCGCAAGACGCACAUAGCCGAACUGCCAAUUAAGCCACGUAAACCGGAUAUCACACAGUUGUCGACGGAGUUACGCGCUAAGUUAGCACAGUGUUUGGGUGCGCAAGGCGAACCGAAGAUCAAUGUACAACUACAUCGUCUAUGUGAAGGUGAGUUUUACAAUCUGCCCGGUUUGAAACGACUAAAAAGUUUCUACAUGAAAAUUUACUUUGAUGGCGAGUUUGUUAGCGCGACGCGCAGUUAUCGCAUCGAACCCGAUUUACGCAUACCGAUGAACGAGGUAUUUGGCGUCUUUUUGGAGCGGCGCAUGCCAAAGAAUAUACGAGUAACGCUCUACGAAAAAUUUCGACUACAUUCUGCGCGCAAAGUCGUCGAUAUAGAGGUGCCUAUACCGCACGCGUUGCACAGCGUCGACACCGAGCAGCAACGCAUAUUUUUUACAGCGCAAAAAUCAGUGGAUAUCAGUGGACGUCUCACCAUACGCUUUCAAUGUGAGGAGCAAGUGGACUUGAGCGCUCGCUGGCAUGUGCCAACUGCAGCCAACACCAGUCCCACUGUAUCGCUUCAAAGCUCACCCACGUGUCAAGCAACCGCGCGAGAGCUCCAUGCCGAAAAGCUAUUAGCGCAAUUAGACGAUGAUGUGCAGCAUAGUGAUAACGACGAAGUGGCAAGUGACUCGGCUGAAGCGCCAGCGACAACACUCAACACGUGCACGUUGGAAGAAGAUUUGUUGCAUUUUUGUCCUAUCGAAGAGUUGAAGCACAACCGACGCUUUAAAUUAUUGCGUUCGCGUUAUUUGAAAAGUGAUCCGCGCACGCGCGAUCUGCGCUUUAUUGCGGCGCUUGACAAUGAGCUCGAAUUUGAUUGGUUCGAUAAGGAGGAGGCGGUCAUUGAAGCGGGCGAUUGGAUGGAUCCCAUAGAUUUGCAUAAACAUGAGGGCAAAAAGUAUCUAAAACAAAUGUACGAAGCGAUUCGUAGUCAAUGUGCGCGUUUGAGCAUUGCAGCAGCAAGCGCCGAACAGUUGCUGAUCGGCGAUGUGCCUGCCAGUUGGAGCACAUUCUUUCAGGCUUUGAGUUUGAUCUUCAAUCCCAAACGUACAUUGAGCGCGCCAGCCGCACAGUCAACUACGUCGCGUGCGCACGCUUUGGAUAUGGAUGCUAGUCAAAACUACAAGAUCGUACUGAAUAUCGUACGUGCUACCGGCAUACCAGUGCGUAUACCAAAUACGACGGAUAACGAGAGCAAGGAACGUAGCAAUGAGAGUCCGAAUAUGUUCGUGACGCAGCUUUAUAAGUACUCCAAUGUGCGUCCUUUCAUAGUACUUAGUUACAAAGAUAAAUUUUGUCGCUCGCUAACCGUUGAGGGUUCAAAUCCGACAUGGAAUGAGGAACUCAUUUUGCAGUUCAGUGGCAGUUUGACGGAUCUGCGAGAAGAUCUCAAAAUCUCUCUCUACGACGAAGUGAUCGAGAACCAUCUUAACGAUGAACUCAGCGUGCGUAACAUGGACAUUUAUCAGCGCAUACAAACUAAUUGGCUGGGUGAAUACCGGUUUCCCAUACACACUUUGCUCUCACAACAAAAGCUUGAUGGCGUAAUCGAGUUGAAGACACCCAAAGUGCUGCUUGGCUACAAACAGCCAACUCUGGAGCACAUAGCCACACAAGCUGACGUGAAUAUAGCUAUUGAACAGUUUCCGGAAAUAAAAGAAACGGUGCGCCUUUGGUUCUACAUGAGCAUUGAGCCGCAUGUCACACUGCCACACGUCAAUACCGCUAGCUUGGAAUGUGCCGAAUUGAAGGACGUACGUCAGCAGCUGCUACAGUGGUCUCUACAAGCGCAAGAGCUGCAUCCCGAACGGUAUAUUGAUCCGUUAGUUUGUACGACAGAGGGUAAACGCGUAUGUUUAACGCGUCUCUUGGAACCGGUGCCACUGCCGCUGGAGAUGAACGAACCGAAGUUCGAGUUGGCUUGCCGUUUCGUCGCACUCUUGAAUAUAUUGAAGAGCUACGAUCCAUGCAUCUGCUUCGAUGGCAUUUGGCUAAAUAACCAAUGUGUGUUGGAUACCAAUUGGUGCACGUUGAAGGAUCUUGGCGUGUUGUUAUGUAAUUUUUUGCUCGGCAUUGGUGUUAGCUGCUGGCUUGUGCUCGGUCAUGCCACAACGUAUGGCGAGUGUGCCUUUGUUUUAUAUAAAAAUGAAGAAGGUGAACUCGUGCUCAUCGAUCCUCAGACGGGUAAACGUUUUGGCACACGCGAUGUCUUCUGUCCGCUCUAUAAGAUAUGCAUGGUGGUGGCGCAGGAUAAUUUAUACGCCAACAUUCAAUCUGAGGCGCGAGUCACAAUGACUAAUUUCAAUUUGAGCGAGACAUCCUGUUGGCUACCUGCGUUCUUGAAACGCAAUCCCGCCCCUUUGGGCGGUGUGCAAAAAUUGAAUUACGCCUACCAGCUCACGUUCAAUACAUUUGAGUUGAGGCGCAACAUUGAGCGAAAAAUAAUGAAGAAAAUCAAUACGUGGCGCGCUAUGCGUAAAACCAUUUGGAAUCGCGCCUUUCAGCCACGCCUGCAAAGCAUUCUUCAGGACUUGGAACAACUAAGUAUGUCCGAUAAUGGCUCGUAUACCGAAGCCAAGUACACCGACCAAGUAGCGGCUGAAUUUCCAAACUAUAAGAUCUAUGGUUAUGCCCUCAACUUUCCUUACACGAACCUCACAUCGAUUUCUGAACGCAUCAAGUCCACUGGCAUACAUUUAAAUUCGGAUAAACGUGUUGAGUUUUGCUUAGCGACGCAUAUUCACAUCUAUCCAAAUGAUGUGCUCUCUGUAUGGAUAUUCCUGAUAUCAUUGAUACCCAAUCGGUUUAAUUAAAAGGUGAAAGAGCUUUAUUGAAAUAUUCAUAAUGUAUGUAAAUAUUAUCUAUGUAAAAUAUUUGUUAAAACAAACUAUAUUAAUAACUAUAAAAAGCAAUUUUAAGCUCACAAUUGUUGUUGAAUUAUCAUACAUCAGAAUUGAGCUCGCUAAAAUCGUUUGUAUCGUCCAUUAUCUAUGAAAAAAAAAAUGAUAUUAUAUUGCAGCCGAUAAGGUCUUCGCCAUAAAAAUGAUUCAGGGAACACCUAACGCUAACAUAAAUUAGAUUGGUGUACAUACAAACAUAACAGUAUUCGUAUGUAGGGCAAACGUAUGAGCAUAUUCUUAUAUAAAAAUCGGUACAUAUGUAUAUAUAUACAUAUUAUGUGUACAUAUGUACGUUAUGACAUAAACUAUAUGAUCCACCUUGAUCUAUCGAUAACACCGCUGACUUGGUUUAGCUUUUAUUUCCUUAUAUUAAACAAACGAUGCGCACCAGAAGCCAGUAAACAAGGUACAUGUGCACGUGCAGGAAAAAUUUUGAUAAGUUCAGGAGUUGUUUUCCGCAAUGUAUUGUAGUUAAUAAAUAAUUCACAGUUGGCUUCUGAAAGUGUGCGUUUGAACAACCCACUAAAUUAACGCUUUGUUAAAAAUUUCUAAGCAUUUGACGGGAGUUGCUAACUAAGAGAUGUGAGGCAGAAAAUACAAAUUCCACAACUUUCUACCUAUAAUACAAUUUAAGCGAAAACGAUAUUGAAAAUCGUUGAUUUACUGUGCUUCAGUGGCGUGAUU